GCCACAGCAAUAAUGUCAGGAGGGGCCUCACUGGGGACACCUCCUAGGAGUGGGGCAGUGAGCCCAGCAUUCCCAACAAUAGGAACUGGCACCACCACUGGCCCAGAGAGUGGCACUGCUUCCCCCCUGUCCUUCAGCUCAGCAGUGACGAGCCACUCCUCCUCCUCCUCCUCCUCCUCUUCCUCCUCUCCUGAGGGCUCCUCAGCUGUGCCUCUCAACCCACAGCAAAGCAGCAGCACUGGGGCACCCCUGGCCACCACAUCCCACCCAUCCACAUCCCUGCUGUUCUCCACUCCCGGGCAUACAGACACAGUGUUGGACGCUGUGACAGCAGAGGAGGUGACACCCAGCCCAGCUGCCAGCACAGCCAGCACCAACCCAGUGGCUUCUGCCUCAGAAACCAGUGCACCCAGCCAUUCAUCCUCACCAGGCAGCAGCACGGAGACACCAGCAGCUGGACACAGCUCCCCAGCCCUGCCACAGCCCACAGAGCUGGGGACGGCCACCUCGCCUCCCACGGGGAGCCCCUCGCCCUCCACGGCCACGGCCUCCACAGGCAGUGGUGCCACGACUCCUCCUGGAGAUGGGGAGAGCUCCACCACAAACCAGGAGAUCAGAACAGCUGAGCCCACUGCCAACACCUCCCACUUCCUCCCUUCCACAUCCCUGGCAACCCCAUCCACGACCAACCUUAGUGUAUCGACAUCUGUUAAUCCUGGGACUUGCUUGCCAGUGUCCAUCAAUGUUCAGAAGGUGACUGCAGAAGAAAUACAGCUCAACUGGACCAGCAGCAGCAACGGCAGCUUCUACAUCUCUGCCAAGGGUGAUGGAAAGGAGAUUCAUGCAAUAACUACAAAUGAGACAGAAGCUGUGUUUAAAAACCUGCUUCCUGGCCAGAAGUACACCAUUUCUGUGGCAGUGUCAUCCUGUGCUGAGAACAAUCCUGCUUCAGUCACUGUCUGGACAGAUUCUGGUUCCUGCUUAGAAAGAACUGAGUUGUGUUUUGCACAAAGUACUGGCUGUUCUGACUUAAAAGGCAUUGUAUGCUCCAAUAACCAAGCAUUUGCCUGCAGAGUUUGGUUAAAAAAUGAGAUAUUCAAUAGUACACUUUAUGACUCUGAGAGUAAAGACUACAUGGCAAUGUCUGGAAGUUUCAAAACAAAAGUUGUUGCAGAAAUGAACACUAAACUGGGGAAUAACCACUCCGACAUUUUUGUGCUGGGGUUCAGAUCUGGCAGUGUGAUUGUUGAUUUUCUCUUUCUGCUGCCAAAAGAAGAAGCCAUGGAUGUGGGUGCUAUACAGACCCACCUGAGUAACGUGCUAAAGAGCAAGUUUGGGAGCCAAAGUGAAGUGCAAACUCUGUCUUUUCAGUCAUCAACUGACAACUGCUCCUCCUGGAGAGUAGCAGUGAUUGUCCUUGGAGUUUUACUUGGAGUUGCAUUAGUGCUGAUUCUCCUGGCAGUAGUGUUUUACAUCCAUGUCAGAAGAUCAGGUAAAUAUUUGGUUGAAUCCUCAGGACUCAUCGGAAUGUUUGUCUACAAGCACUUAUAAGAUAAACCAUCGGUUUCACUUAAAUAUUUUGGACAAGGCAGAAAAUUAAUAUAUUUAUUGUAUAAUUCUAUGUUAAUUGUGUAUAAUAACUUAGGAUAAUUCCACCCUUUCCUUCCCAAUGUCCAUUGCCAAAUUCCUCAGCUUCUAACAACACCUCAUGAAUCUUCCUUUAAACAGGUAUGGAUUUUUCCACAUUGUACACAUGGUAGAGUGAGGAACAGAGAAACUUCUCUUCAACCUAUCCCCUAUAGGUACUGCAAUGACUCUUAACACUGAAAAUCUAGAGAGACAAGACCCAAACUACUCAAUACUGUGUUUAGGUGACACUGAAAACAGGGUGACUGUGCCUGGUAGUUGUGGCAGACCACCUGAAUGCUCAGCUGAGCCCAGAGUCAUCCUGUUGAGUUUUGUGCACUUGCCCAAGGGUGAUUCACCUCCCCUGAGACUUUUAUCACUGUAUAAAAUUAUAUAUAUAUGCCUUUUUCUUUCCUGUGACUGCAGAAUGAGCCCAGGGUAAUUAGUGUUACAGCUUGAUUAGGAGUUUGGAGAAAAAUGGGAUACAUCUCAGUUGUGUGGACUUGCUAGAGAAGUCUGGUGCACCAGAAACUUGAUUAGGAGGCUUCUGAAUUCAAGUUUUCUUUAAUUGCUGGGCUAUGAAGAAAUAACUGCUUAUAUGUGUCAAAUGUACAGCAUGCUAAAUACAGCUGUGCUUUCACAGCAUAUUCUCAGAGAUGGGGAAGGAAAAAAAAUAGGUUAAUUUGAGCCAAAAGUACUUCACUCACCUAUUUUUGCCUAUCAGAAAUGGUCAGCUGAGCAAGGAUGUGCCAUAUAGUGCACUUUCGUCCUGCUCUUGAUAAUCCCAAAGUCAAGUCCAGUAAAAUGGAAGCAACUCCUGCGGCAUUGGAGCAGACUUUGCUUCAGAUUUCUUCUAAUUGCUUUUAGAGCAAUUAGAAGAAAUGACCUUUACCUUUUCCCACCACUCUUCACUGCAGUCCUGGUGAAGUUACAUUCUGUCCCUACUGUGGUGCAGUUUUUCCUGCUUGGAAUGUGCUGAACAGAUGACAAAGGGGCAGUUUACUGCUGUACAUAUUCCCAGCAGGAUUUCUGGGUUUCAUUUCAAACCAGCUCUCUCUGUAUCUGUGCAUUUUGUCAGUCUGCCUACGUUUGGAAUUCCUGUUGAGGCACUGAGCAUCCCAUGAUGUUGAGGCCCUGCCUCACACCACUGGAUUUGGGGGAUUAGGUUGUGGUUAUUUGGCACAGAUUAGAGUACAUUGGUGCCAGAGCUGCAGGACCAGCAGUGUGGAGGUGCACAAGCAGCUCUGCUCUGCUCCAUGUGCAGCCAGCCUUCAUUCUUCUCAUCCCUCCUUCCCUGUGCUAAAACACAGCUCCUGGGAUAGCCCUGCUGAGGAUCCUGCCUGGAAUAUUAUUUUUAGUAGCAGGGACCUAUGAAACAGGGUAUUGUACGCCUUUUCCUUCCAUCUAGGGUCAACUUGUCUAUCCUGAUUGAGAUCUGGGGUGUGGAGUCACAGACACCUCACUGGUGGGAAGAGAGUGAUUAGUAUUUGUUAAAUUUAUAUUAUGUGGUUUUUAAAUAUAGCUAGCUCUGGUGUUCUACUCACUGAGUAGUCACUCAACAAUGUAUUCUGUCAGUAAAUACAAGUUCUCCAGAGAGCUCUGUUGAAAAUAAAAAUGAGUGCUCUCUCUAUAUUAAUACUCUUUUAUUUAAUUUUUGAGGGAUCUGCUUUGAAUAGCAAAUCCUCAUUGUCAGUAAACCUUUCUGAUGUUGUAAAUAGUGUUAAAUAGAGACCAUGUACAGCAGGCUUGAACAAUCCUGGGACUGUUCAUGCAAAAUGUAUUUAAUGUCUUUGGGGGGAAAAAAAAAAGUGGUAUUUUAAACAAUUUUCUUGGAGAUACUUUACAAAUAAAAUCUUUAUUUUUGCAA